CCUCGCCGCUUUCCAACCGGGCAGCGAUCCGCUCUAUCCCCUCCAAAAACCUAACCCUAACCCUAACCUUUCCAAUGGAAAACUACUCCUACCCGGACUCCGGCGACUCCUCCCCUCGAUCCCGCGAGAUCGACUGCGAGAACUCCGUCUCCUGGGACGAGCCAACACCGACUGCCGCCGCCGCCCGCGUCAAGCUUAUGAUCAGUUACGGCGGCCGCAUCCAGCCCCGUCCCCACGACAACCAGCUAUCCUAUGUCGGCGGCGACACCAAGAUCCUCACCAUAGACCGCUCCAUCCGCUUUCCGGCCCUCCUAUCCAAGCUCGCCUCCCUCGCCAACCUAGACGACCACCUCUGUUUCAAGUACCAGCUCCCCGGCGAGGACCUCGAUGCCCUGAUCUCCGUCACCAAUGAUGAGGACCUCGACCACAUGAUGCUCGAGUACGACCGCCUCCACCGCUCCGCCACCAAGCCCACCGCCCGCCUCCGCGUCUUCCUCUUCCCCCUCAACCCCCCGCCUCCUUCCGCCGCCCUCCUCGACCCCAAGCCCGACCGCCAGUGGUUCGUCGAUGCCCUCAACUCCGCCCCCGUAACCCCGCCCCUCGACCCAGUCGCCGCCGCUCCCCUGGCCCCUGCGACCGCGGUCAAGGCGGCGUCCCCGAGUCCCGAUUUCCUCUUCGGCCUCGACAAGGGCUUGGUGCCGCCCCCGGCCUUCAAGGUCAAAGAUCCAGUCCCGGAGCAGCUCCCGGUUCUUGAAAAUGUCCAGGUGGAGGUCCCACCUAGGUCCGAUCUGGGGAAGGAGGAUCAGAGGCAGAUCGGAGGUGGUGAGACGACGCCGGCGGAGAUCCAGAGGCAGAUCCAGGAGCUCAAGCGCCUCCAGAUCGCGGAGAACCAACAGCAGCAGCAGCAGGCGGCCAUCCAGCGGAACAGCAGCGAAGAAACCCUAGCUAGGGUUUACCCCGCGGAGUACUACGUCCCGAGAGUCCAGGAGAAGGCACCGCCCGCCCCGCCGCCUGUGACGACGCAGGUCCCGGCGGCGUACUGGCCGGAGCAGCGCGGCGUGGCGGCAGCCGGACGGUACUCCUCCGUCGCCGGCGGUGACCAGCCGGUCUACCUGAUCCCGACGGCGCCGGGCGUCUACCCAGGGGCCGCGGCGGCGGGGCAGGGGUAUUACGCGGCGCCGGUGCCGAGGGUCGUGCCGACGGACGUCUACCGCGACGCGGCGGCGCCGACUCCCGCGGCGGUCUACGCUGUGCCGCCCCAGGCGGCGGCGAAGAUGGUUGGGCAGUACGCGGCGGAGGGUGCGCGGGUUCCGGCGCAGGGUGUGGUGGAGUCGGCGGCGUAUCAGGUGGCGUACGAUAGCACGGGGCGGGCGGUUUACUACACGAGCGCGUUGCCCACGUAUCAGACGGUCACGAGCAUGGCUCUUCCCCAAGAGGCGAAGCCGUCGCCGGCUUCUUAAAGCGAGCGAGCAAAAGUCCAAGCCCGGAGGAAGAUGAUCUCUGUCCGUUUUAUUGUUUUCCUCUAAUUUUUCCGCGCUGCUUAUGUUUUCAUUGUUCCUUAGUUUGUGCACUUGUUUUGGCUGUUCUUUAAUGACAUCACCGUGCUUGUUCGUGGAUGUAAAUACGUAUAUAUGCACAUAAUAGAAUGGGGAUUUUACUAGAAUUUGUUAUGUUCUGCCAAGUCACCAGAUUUUGUGCUUCAAAUUGCAAUUGGGCUUAGGUGGUGGAUUAUGAGAGGGUAUAUUGAUCUUUUGUGUGUUCACAUGAUCGACUCUAAUUUUUUGUGAU